UCCUAGCUCCUUCAUCUUUACAUCAGAGGACUGUGUUUAAACUUUAGUGACAAUGGACAGACACAUAUGGUGGUUCACGGCGGUAGUGGUGGUAGCAUGUUGGUGGAAAGGUGUCAUGGGAGCAGCGCAGGCUCCAGCGAUAUGGAUUAUGGGAGAUUCAUUGGUGGAUAAUGGGAAUAACAACUUCUUGAGGAGCAUGGCAAAAGCUAAUUAUUAUCCUUAUGGUAUUGAUUACUAUCGUGGUCCUUCUGGUAGAUUUUGUAAUGCAAGAACGUUUAGCGACAUUCUUGGAGAUUGGUUGGGAAUACCCGCUCCACCUCCAUUUUUAGACCCCACAACGGCCGGAAAUAGGAUCCUGGGGGGUGUUAAUUAUGCUUCUGCUGCUGGUGGCAUCCUAGAUGAAAGUGGCUCACACUAUGGAGACCGUUACACCUUGAGCCAGCAAGUUGUCAACUUUGAGACGACAUUAGGCCAAUUAAGGAGCAUGAUGAGCCCAGGGAACCUCACUCAGUUACUCUCAAAUUCUAUAGUAGUCAUGGUAUUUGGCAGCAACGACUACAUUAACAAUUACCUCAUGCCAAACAUUUAUGCUUCACGUCGCACUUACACUCCGGAAGCAUUUGCCAACAUCCUUCUCAACCGUUAUGCACUCCAAAUUCAUGCACUAUACAGUUUAGGACUACGAAAAUUCUUUAUACCAGGGAUUGGACCACUUGGGUGCAUUCCAAAUCAGUUAGCCACUGGUCAAGCACCUGCUGGGAGAUGCGUGGAUUCGGUGAACCAGAUGCUCGGACCCUUUAAUGAGGGACUCAAAAAACUAAUUGAUCGGUUUAAUGACGGCUCGCACCCUGGAGCCAUAUUUGUCUAUGGAAACACAUAUGGUGUUUUCGGUGACAUCUUGAAUAAUCCUGCAAGAUACGGGUUUACAGUGAGAGAUACAGCAUGUUGUGGGGUAGGUAGGAACCAAGGACAAAUUACAUGCCUCCCAUUACAAACACCAUGCUUCAACCGUGAUCAAUACGUGUUUUGGGAUGCUUUCCAUCCAACUCAAGCUGCGAAUGCUGUUCUUGCUCAGAGAGCAUACUCUGGAUCCUCCACCGACUGUUAUCCUAUCAACGUUCAACAAUUGGCACAAUUUAGGUUGUGAUUGUGUUUUUACAAAUGGUUUUGUGAAUCAGGCCAAGAUCAUGUCUCUUUCGAGAAAAAUGUUAUGUUGGUUAUGUACUUAUGAAACAUUAAAAUAAAAAUAUUACUAUAAAUAUCUAGCAAGGAUAUGUUAUUGUAAAA